UUCCUACUUCCAAGAAGGCAUUAAAUAUGUAUCGGAUAUGAUGGAGAUUGACGAUAUGGACGCUGAUUGGCUCGUGGAUGCCGAAUUUAUAUGCAAAACCAUUACGGACAUAAUGUCAGAGAAGGAUUGGAUUUACAAAUUCAUGCUGCAACAUCUGCUCGCCACAGCUACGUUUUUCAGGGGCUCUAAGAUUGACGUGCCCCUUGAUUUCGAACAGUAUUUGCGUUUUCACAUGCCCUUUCCCGUCACGCCCAUUUUUAAUGCCGCACAACCGGGCUACAUACAUCUCUAUGCUCCAACUACACAUCCCAUGGUCAGCAAUAGUUUUGUGAAUCCGGAGAGUGUACAACUGCUUCUGCGUGGCAAUUUGCGCGACACCAUGGACCAUCUCAGCUCCAUUUUCUGCAACAGUGGCGUUGAAUAUAAGCUCGCCUAUCGCACUCACGAUAUCGGCGAUCAGGGGUUUAUCCAUGAGAUUCUGGCCUGCGAGCAACGUGACUUUGGCAUGCCAAGCAUCAUAUCCUUUGUGUUUUUGCCUGCACUCCAGUUCAGUAUCACGGAAUUUCCGUUACCGCCCUUCGUUCCCACUAGCCCGGCGUGGACACAUUGCGGCGAUUCCUUCUAUUGGCUUGCCCUUCUGCAGGUUUACCCACGCUACGACAAUCGCAGCUUCUGUCCUUAUGUGCCACGCAUGCAACUCAUUCAGGACGAACGCAUGAUUAAGUAUCGCAAUGUGUUGCGUCUCCUAAUGCGAAUUGGCAUUGGCAAUGAUAUUCCUGAUAUAUCAGAUAUUUUUGUACUGAAGGGUCUCCAUUUUUUUCGUUUGCGCUACAGCACAUCUUGUGAUUGCAACUUGUCCCUGGCCACGCUAUUCAUGGAGCUGCUCAACAUUCACACAGAUAUCACGUACCACGAUGCAUUACAAAAGUACAUGACCUUUGGGGGUUUUCAGCAACAUUGGAUGUGCAAUGCUCUCAAGCUAGACUGCAUUGCCCGAAACGUAUCGAUGUUCUAUUACAUCAACUGCAUCCACUUGGAUCAUCUGAAGCACCUGUUUGGCAUCAUCUGA